UUUAUCAGUAGCUAUUGUUACAACAUCCAUUUAGUGCUACAAGUAAUUGUACAUCUGGAAAGUUUAUAAUUUAUAGUUUAUGAGUUGCGUUGUUUUCCCAUGAUAUUAUAUUAUUUUGUUAAAAAAAAUAAACAAUGGAAAUGACUUACCCAUCAGAAGCAAUUUUUUGGUACAUUCAAGAGCUGACAGCGGGAAUUAUCGCUGAAAGUGGUAUACCGAGCGAUAGAUAUCAUUUGGGAAAAAUUAUACAUCGCAGCCUGAAAGAUGCACCCGACCAUAUAUUGCAGAUAGACGGAGCUAACGGUGAGAAAGACACAUUCAAAUCUGCUUUAGAACGAUCUAAACAAUGCGCAAAAGCCUUCAGAAGCCUGGGUCUAAAGUACCAGGAUGUGAUAGUCAUAAUGGCGCCCAAUCAUAUAAACCUGGUUAUUCCAAUGUAUGCUGCCCUGUUCAAUGGUAUUCAAGUAGCUUGUGUUGAUAUGACAUUAGGCGUCACCGAACUUCAAGAUUCAUUUAAAUGCAACACGCCCAAAGCAGUAUUUUGUCAGAGUUCAAACGUUGAAACCGUACGGGAGGCGUUAAAAUUACUAAAUAACCCAGCACAAAUUAUAGUAUUCGACAAAAACGAACAAUAUGAAAGCUUUCACCAGUUUCUGGAAAAGUAUGGUCAAGAUACGGCAGAAAAUGAUUUCAAACCAGCUGACUUUGAUCCCGCGAUAACAAAUGCAAUUUUAAUGCCGACCAGCGGAUCCACCGGGACGCCGAAAACAGCUGUAUUGACUCACAAGAACAUAUUGGUUGGCUUUCCGCACGUACUAUCUGUUUGUACUAACUUUCCAACGCCAUUCAAAAUAACAAUAGUUAUUUCACCCAUCCAAUGGGUGUCUGCAGUUUUUCAAUUUAUAAUGGGACCCAUAUUGAGAUUCACGCGGGUGCAGACGUCUUCUUCACUAACAGCAGAGCAUGUUCGUUACUUGAUUAAUAAGUACAAGCCGGAAUACACAAUAACAAGCCCCACGUUUCUAACGACUCUAAUAAUGCCCGGUCGAGAAAAGUGUGAUUUCACUUCUUUCCAAUGGCUCAUGGUGGGCGGCAGCAACGUUACUGAAAAGCUUAUUGAAGACACAAAGAAACUAAUGCCUAAAACCCAUGUGCGCAUAUGCUACGGCAUAACAGAGGGAAGCGGUAUGAUUUUUAACUUCGCGUACGCGCCGGCUGGUUCAGUUGGUUUUCCGACUGGGCAUUUUCAGUAUAAGCUAACGGAUCCUACAACGGAUGAAGAAAUACUUACGCAUAAUUUAACCGGAGAAUUGCGGUUAAAGGGACCCGCUUUGUUCAAGUGUUAUUACAACAACCCUGUGAUGACGAAGGCAACAUUCGACGAUGACGGCUGGUUCAAGACUGGUGAUUUGUUUUACAGAGACGAACACCACAAUUACUAUUAUGUUGACCGCCUCAAAUUGCUAUUGAAAUACAGGAACCAUCAGGUUUCUCCAGUGGAAAUAGAGUCUGUGAUAAUAAAACACCCGGGGGUGUUAGAUGUAGCAGUAACUGGUAUACCUGACCCUGAAUGCGGGGAUCUGCCUGUUGCAUUGGUUAUACUUGAAGAUGGGCACAAGGUUACCGCACAAGAAAUUAAGGAUUUAGUUAAAGAAUCGCUGACUGACACAAAGCAAUUGAGAGGUGGAGUAUUUUUUUUAAAAGAAUUCCCUACGACAUCGACGUCGAAGUUGGACAGGGUGAAAUUGAAGGAAUUAGCGAAGAUACUUAGCAUAGGACAAUAGUUUUAAAAAAAUGUUGGUUACGUCAUAUUUUUUAAAACUAUUUUAACAAAUUAGAUGUGAAGCUGGCAUAUUUAUUAUAUAAUGUACCAAUGAACAUAAUAUUAUAAGGUUUAAACUAAUCAAUAUUAUAAGCUGGUCUUAGUUGAUUAUAUAUUGCGGUUGUUAUUAAUUUGAUGUUAAUGUUAAUAAGUUGUUAUUAUAGAUUAAGUUAGUAAAUAUACCGGCUGACUCAAAAUUGAGAUUCUAUG